UAAAAUAUUGAAAAAUGUCUCGUGAGUUUAUAAAUUACGUACCCCGGAUGUCCAGGCUCCUGCAGCCGGUCAAAAGCAUUCCGAAGGGCGGAACUGUCAAGAGUGUUAGUGCAUCUAGGAGUUAUCAGUGAUGUUUAUGCAUCAAGAAAUCUCUGCUCCGCAGGACUUCCUAAAUCUUGAACUCUGAGGAUUUUAGGAAAAAAUGUUAUGGGACUUUUUUUGGUGGAUAUUUUGCCUUAAAGGAAUCCUUCAAUAAUUCAAUGGCACAUGUGAAUAACUUAAGUCGUAGAACCAUUCACUAAGUAAUAGAAAACUGAUGCUCGACAUGGGUGUAAUACGGCAAUCCCUCCCCGGAAUGUACACACUGUUACCACUGGGCUAUCGUGCCCUCGAGAAGCUCAAGAGGAUCGUCAAUGUAUCCAUGACAAAUAUUGGUGCGCAAGAAAUUCUUCUGCCCAAUUUAACCGAUUCAAAACUAUGGAAACAAACCGGUCGAUUGAAUGAAAUGGGCGAUGAGCUAUUCCAAGUGAAAGAUAGACAUAAUCACAAUUAUGUAUUGAGUCCUACGUACGAAGAGUCGAUAACAAGUCUCGUUGCCGAUGUUCAGCCCCGAAUGAGCAGUUUACCUCUCUUGUUAUACCAAAUAUCGAAUAAAUGGAGGGACGAGAUGAAGCCCAGGUUGGGAUUAUUCCGAGGACGAGAAUUUGUCAUGAAAGAUCUAUAUUCCUUCGACGCAUCGACUGACUCCGCUGAAAGGACUUACGAGAUUGUUGCUGAAGCUUACAGAAACAUUCUGGAUCACAUUGGUGUGCCUUAUUCCGUCGUUGAAGGAGACACUGGAAUCAUGGGAGGAAUCCUCUCUCACGAGUAUCAUUAUCUCGCUGAUAUUGGAGAGGAUACCAUUGUGUCCUGCAAUGUCUGUAAUUUUCGAAUCAAUUCCGCCAUACACGAUGGGGAUACGUGCAAAAAGUGUGGAGGGGAAAUCAACAAAAAAUCUGCAAUCGAGAUUGCCCACACGUUCCUACUCGGUACAAAAUAUUCCGAAGUCCUGAAAGCAAAGGUGCACACUCAGGGAGAGGAAAUUCCAUUGGUGAUGGGCUGUUAUGGUUUAGGAUUGACUAGGCUCCUAGCAGCAUCCUUGGAGGUUCUCUCCACGAAUGAGGAACUCAAAUGGCCAAAGGCCUUGGCUCCCUACACAGUCUGUGUCAUCCCACCUAAGGAGAACAGCAAAGAGUCAUCAGCAGCUCAUUUCGUUGACGAGAUAGUGGAGAAUUUGGCGGAGAGGAACAUUGACAUGAUCCUCGAUGAUAGAACACAAUUGACCAUUGGAAGGAGAAUGCUAGACGCCAAGAGGACAGGGUAUCCUUACGUUGUCGUCGUGGGGAAGUGCUCCAUGCAGGAGAAUCCCUUGUUCGAGUUUCAUGAUGUUAAUGAGGGGCAGAGACAGGAUGUCAGUUUAGAUCAGUUGUACGGUAUAUUUGAUAAUUCAGACUCUGGGAAGCAAAGGCGACGGCAAAUUGCUGUUUGAAGUCGUGAACUGAGGUACAAUUUUUUUAUUGAAUCAAUGCAGUGUCAUGGAUUGUUGGGGUGCAUAGAGAAAUAAAAAUGAGUGUUUUGAA